AUGCAUAUUCCUCUCCUCAACACCCUCAUCAUCCUCCUCCUCACUAUCACAUUCACCGCCUAUCCCACGCUGGCCAAUAUCACCCCACCUGACGAAACUGGCCGCCAAACCACCUUCCUCUGCGGAAAACGGCCCACACAAGAAACCAUCCCAAUGUCCGACUUCUCCGCCGCCGCCAGUAAUUUCCUCCAAGAAUGCCUGACUAGACCCCGCUCUGAGGUCUUCCCCAACAUGCUCGACAUCCCCAGCCGCGAUCCAAACAGACCACUCUGCAAGGUCUUCGGUAGUUCCGGCAUAGCCAGUCUGGCUGUCUGUCUGAGUGGUACCGGCGACCCGGGCCAGAAGGAGGUUGACCUCUUGAACAAGGCCUUUCCCACAUGUGGGCAUACGGUUGUCAUAUAG